AUAACUAACUACCCUAAAUUAAGUAUAUAUGCAGCUACAUAUAUUAUUACUACUCCAUAAACAUUACUCCUUUAGCACUACUAUCACUAUAUAAAAAACUUCUAAAACCCUUCUCUUUCCCCAUUUUAUCUUCUAUCUCUAUCUUCUCUCUCACUCUCUCUGCAAUAUUUCUGCAUUCUGUCUCUGAUCUGCUGCUUCUCCAGAGAUUCCUUUCCUGUCAUCUAACGGUUUAGAAAAACACCUCUCCUAUAUUUACACCAUUUUUGUCUCCACACUUUUUCCAUUUCUCAAUCUUUUCCAAUGGAUGAAAGCUUAUAUGAUAUAUUUGAAGACAGAACAGAAUUCGGUAACAGCGAUGAUCUCUUCGCCAUUUUGGAGAGUCUAGAAGAUUUUACUGAUUUUCCUCUUAUCAACCAAGCUGAAGCUGCUACUCCAAAAGAGAAUGAGGUCACUUCGACAUCGAGAUUGGUGUCUCAAAAAUCAACCUCUUCGCUGCAAGAUUCUGAAACUGAACUUGAAACUGAACCCAAAAGGAAGAGACAGAAGCUGACACCAACUUUGCUUGAGGAACAGAUUAACAGUGUUGAUGGACAACAAAGGGUUUCUCAUAUUACUGUGGAGCGAAACAGAAGAAAGCAAAUGAAUGAGCAUUUGUCUGUUUUAAGGUCACUUAUGCCUUGCUUUUAUGUCAAAAGGGGAGAUCAAGCAUCAAUAAUUGGAGGUGUAGUUGAUUACAUCACAGAGUUGCAACAACUACUCCAAGCCCUUGAAGCCAAGAAACAAAGAAAAGUAUACAGUGAAGUACUAAGUCCAAGAUUAGUUCCAAGUCCAAGACCUUCACCACUAAGUCCAAGAAAACCACCUCUAAGUCCAAGACUAAACUUGCCAAUUAGUCCAAGAACUCCACAACCAACUAGCCCUUACAAACCACGAAUGCAACAAAGCUACAUUGCACUUUCACCUCUUGAUCCAUCACCUACUAGUUCCUCUACUUCCUCAGUCAAUGAUAACAUCAAUGAACUUGUUGCUAAUUCAAAGUCUCCUAUUGCUGACGUGGAGGUCAAGUUUUCAGGUCCUCAUGUUCUUUUGAAAACUGUUUCUCAAAGAAUUCCAGGACAACCUUUGAAGAUUAUAUCUGCACUUGAAGAUCUUGCACUUGAAAUUCUCCAUGUUAACAUUAAUAGUACUUCUGAUGAUACCAUGUUGAACUCCUUCACUAUCAAGAUUGGAAUUGAAUGCCAACUGAGUGCUGAAGAACUUGCUCAACAAAUCCAGCAAACAUUCUGCUAAAAAUGGGUCAUAUGCAUAUGUCUAGUCCACACUCUCCUUACCAAACAUCUCUAUCUUUGUUAUUGCUUAAUGUAACUUUGUAUGUACGUAGCUGUACAAGUAACAGAGUACGUGAUAGAGUCAUUUAAUUUACAAGCAUCUCAUCAUCAUUUUCUUUUUGUUUUAUAACUAUAGUAAUUGUUAUAGUGUACUGUAAUUGGUCACCACAAGUAUAAAGCUAUAGCUAGCUAGUAUACUGGGACACUCUUGUAAUUGACCACUUUAAUUUCAUCUGUUUCUAUUUCCAAAAUUCAA